GAUGAUUUUGCGACCCAUUUAUCAAUGUGCUGUGCCGGAUUUGCUCGGAUGUCUACGUGGUUUGAAAAUCGGUGGUGAGGUGGUUGAUCUGCGUCAUACCGAACAUGGCUAUCGACCAAAUGACCCAAAGCUGGUUCGUACCGGUUGCGAGUUGGGAUGCAGCUCGUUAGGUUGCAAAAACAGUGGACAUUGUUCAGUGGCAUGGCAAGAAAAUGCUGAUGUCACAUGUGAUUGUUCGCGGACGAGUUACACUGGGGCAAAGUGUACUGAAGACAAUGGCUUUACUAUUUAUGGCACCGCUUACUUUACCUUCGAUAUUGACCGGUUUCUGUCGCGCUACAUUCUGACACCAACGAAGAAAACCCAAACUCUGCAGUUUGCUUUCGCCCCUUUGUCACCCUCCACUCACCAUCAACAUCUCGCCACGAUUUACUUCAAGGAUGAGAGACUCUUAGAGGUGAUUUUGAAUCGCAAUGGAUCAAUCAACGUUGGAAUAAUAAGCGACGAAAAAAGGGACGUGGUCAGGACAUUUGUGGGAAAUUACUCGGAUGGUUAUCGACAUUUCUUCGUUGCACGAUUUGGUGCACAUCAAGCUACCACGGUUACUGUAGAUGCCAUUCGUCAUGACUUCGAUUUUGUCGCAGAUAAUUUGGACCUCUUUAACGCCAGAGAAAUCACCAUUGGAGGACGAAAGUUCGAGAAAAGAGAAGUGAUUCCGAGCAUCAAAACCUAUUAUGACGGAUGCGUGUCCAAUCUUGAACUGGACUUCGGCAUACCAGCACUGCACGCGACACCGUUC